GCGGGGGCGACGCUCUAGCAGCCGCUUCUCCGUGGCAAGCCGGGUCGCCUCUUCAGCCCCCCGAGCGUGGCGGGGUUCUCGGGCCCUGCAGAAAGCUCCAGCCCGGCCCCGCAGCCUGCGGGCAGCGGUCAUGGCGCGGCUCCCGAAGCUCGCAGUCUUCGAUCUGGAUUACACGCUCUGGCCUUUCUGGGUCGACACGCACGUCGACCCUCCGUUCCACAAGGGCAGCGACGGGACCGUACGCGAUAGGCGGGGCCAGAACGUCCGGCUGUACCCCGAGGUGCCUGAGGUCCUGGAGCGACUGCGGGGCCUCGGGGUGCCCAUCGCGGCCGCUUCACGGACAGGUGAAAUAGACGGGGCCAACCAACUACUGGAGCUCUUCGACCUUGUCAGAUACUUCUGUCAUCGAGAAAUCUAUCCAGGCAGCAAAGUCACCCACUUCGAGAGGCUGCGUCACAAGACCGGGCUUCCUUUCUCCCAGAUGAUCUUCUUUGAUGACGAGAAGCGGAACAUCGUAGACGUCGGCCAACUGGGUACUGAGUGGUGUGACCUGCAUUCACGUCCAGAAUGGAAUGAAUCUGCAAACCCUAACUCAGGGGUUAGAGACAUUCGCAAAGGCCCACACUGGGCCCUGAGGUCCGGCCCUGCGGAUAAGCCUCAGCUGAGGCCUAGCUCUGAAAGGGAAUCAGCAAGGCGCUUUCAGGGAAGAAGGAGAAGGGGCCAACUCCUGAAGAAGCAAUACAGAAACUGAAGGAAACAGAGAAAAUACUGAUCAAGAAGCAGGA